AUGGAUGCUCGUGAACACUACUACACCAUGAUUACCGACGUUGCCCUUCGUUUGCCGUGUCAGAUGAGACGAAUUCUCACUGAAGUGAAGUUCGAUGACAGAUGGCAGCGGAUUCUCUGCGAAUUGGUUUCCUACCAACAUGCACCACAGCUUCGCAGGCAGAGUAAAAAGGUGUUACUGGCGAUGUUCAAUGGUGACAAACAGAAAUACCGUGAAGUACGCGACCAGCACAUGAUGAGAGCACAUAUCGAACUCCUCAAAAAGAAAUAUGCACAGAACAGCAGCUUUAAUCACCAGCAGUUGACUGAGAUGGUCGAAAUUGUGAGUGCUAUCGCAGCUACUGCAAAUCAACGUACAACGUUGUGGAGAGCUAUUUGUGAGGAACAGCUCAACUGGCUUCUCCAGCUUGCAUGUCGUGUGGCCGAUGCCGUAUCCUGUAGUGUAGUAGAUCUGUUGGUUUUGGCAAUCCGAGAAACUCCCGGACAGCAAGAAGAAAACAUCUAUUUGGCCGAUAAGAUUAUUUCCGAAGAAGAAAACAGGUAUCUUCUUAUGAUGCUUCUCGUGCGAUAUUUGAUUGGUCGUGAUGAAAAUCGACGUUGGCUUAUGCAUGGACUCUUGAGAUCGACAAUCCAGCUGGCUAGUCGACACAACCAGGUGGUACUCCUUCGUAUCUUGUGGAAUGACCUGUGGCCAUUGGCUAGAGGUCUUGGCGAUCAUGGUGCUCAACUAGCUGAUAUCCUUGCUACCUAUGCAUCACGUCUGUUUAACUCAAGCGAAAUGCUUGCCGUGUGUGAGAGUGAACUGGAGGCAAUCAGCUUGACUGUUAACAGAAUCGAAAAAGAAGGUCAUGCCGGAUGGUAUCGCCAAAUGACUGGUCUUGGAUUAGGCUGGAAAACAAUGCUUAUGGACACUAGUCCAUGUUUGGAUAUGGCUGAGACGGUAAAACUGAAUUCGAUCAAACAAGAAGCACGAUUUGCUGCAAAUGCCAUGAUGCUGAAGUUGACGUGCCAUUACGAGAUCAGCAAGGUGAUAAUCAAGCUGACAGACGUCAAACGGAAUAAAAUGAUUAAGCGUGUUAAUCUAUUCUAUUGUCCAAAGUCUGUUGAAUCCGCUGUUGAAUUGAAAACAUGUCCUGAACUUUGGCAGCGAGCCUCGAGCUGCAGCGUGAGUAUCUACGUCAUACACAUAUAUUUAUUACUUUAUAUAUAUAUAGCGUUUUUCUGCGAAAUGGUUGGAAGUUUGAUCACCUUUUAACG